CCCGCAUCUCGGCGACCACGGCAAGUGUCGGUGUUUGGCGCUCUGGAGAGUUGGAUACAUAUUAGAGCGCGUACCUUGGAUUAAGCUCACCAUCCGCCAUGACUGACUACACCGCCUACACACAGACAGUGUGAGUAGAGUGGCGGUGUCUGCGCGACCGCGUCGCGGUCUCGCUCCACCUAGCUCCACCUCGCUUGCGCUUGCCAUCUCGCGACCGCUCGCAGCGCCUCGGCGGCAGUGCUGAUGCCAGAAUCGACUCGAUCGGGCCCAAGGCGAGCCCGCGCGUGCGCGCCGUCUUCCCGAUCCUCAUCAAGCACCUGCACGCGUUCAUGGUCGAGGCGGACAUUUCGACCGAGGAGCUGCUCGCCGCGUGCGACAUGCUCGUGGGCGCGGGCAAGGUGUCCGACGAGCGCCGCAACGAGGUGCUCCUCAUGUCCGACACGUUCGGGUGCGAGUCGCUGUGCGACAUGUUGGACGCGGAGCGCGCGGACCGCGCGAACAAGGCGGCCAAGAGCACGGGUGCUGCGGCGGGCGCCAUCGCCGCGUCCGCCAUCAUCGGCCCGUUCUACCGCACCGGCGUGCCGGAGCAGCCGAACGGGACGUCGAUCGUGCGCCACCCCGAGCCCAAUGCGCCGUACACGUACAUGCACGGCACGAUCUAUGGCGCGGACGGCGCGCCGCUCCCCGAUGCGCUGGUGGAUAUUUGGCACGACGCGCCGGACGGGCUGUACGACGCGCAGACGCCACACAAGCCCGAGUACCACUGCCGCGGGCGGUUCCGGACGGACGCGCAGGGCCGCUGGGCCGCGGUGAUCCUCAAGCCGACGCCGUACCCCAUCCCAUACGACCACCAGGCGGGCGCGAUCCUGCAGAUGAUGGACCGGCACCCGAACCGGCCGGCGCACGUGCACUUGUGGAUCCACCAUCCCGAGCACAGGAGCUUUGUCACGCAGAUCUUCAAUGCCGACUCGGAGUAUCUCAAGGACGACGCAGUGUUCGCCGUCAAGGACGAGCUGGUGGUCGAGUACAAGCCGAUCUCGAAGGACUACAAGCAGCCAGAGGGGCUCGAUGGCGAGGUCGUGUGGGAGCUCCAGCAGGACUUCCGGCUGCCGGCGGCGGCUUAGGGAGCAGGCGGCGGAGGCGGCGCGCGGCUCUGGAGCGGCGGGGCGUGGGUGGCGGAGGCGAGAAUGCGGAGUGAGGGAGAGGUGGCGGAGAGCAUUGUGGAAGGAAUCACGGGGAGAGAGCGGAGGUGUGAGGGUGCGGGAGAGGGGGGGAGGGGAGUGCGCUAGGGGUGGCAAGGAAAAGCAUAGAUUGUCGCAAGAAGUAUAGGAUGCAGUAGUAGUUCGGACGAUGAAAAGCCAGAAG